AUGGAGGCGAACAAGGAAAUCCGCAGCGAUGUGAACCACAAAUUCUUUGUUCGCUAUGAGAAGAUAGAAGUAGGCGAGCCUAUGGUUCUCGAAGAUUCCAGCAUCAUAAAUAACAAAAUCACCCCAAUGGAGUGUCGUAAGCGUAGUCUUACCUACUCAGCUCCCAUUUUCGCGGACAUCAUCUAUACUCUGGGAGAUAAGAUUAUUCGCAAGAAGGUGAGGAUCGGUCAGAUCCCCAUUAUGCUCCAUUCGUGCAAGUGUGUUCUCCGCAACAAAAGCCCCGCCGAGCUCGCAGCAAUGCAGGAGUGUCUCUACGAUCCUGGCGGUUACUUCAUCGUAAAGGGCAAUGAGAAGGUGCUUCUUUCUGGCGAGCAAAUGAGCAAAAACCGAGUUCUCUGCGAUAUCAACGACGAUGGAACGAUCGUUGUGAACGUAACCAGCUCCACAGCCGAAAGAAAGAGUCGAUGCUACGUGUUGGAGAAAAAGGGGAAGCUGUAUCUCAAGCACAAUGUAUUCACAAAGGACAUUCCUAUCUGCAUCGCAUUCCGCUGCAUGGGCAUCGAAAGCGAUCAAGAGAUCAUGGCAUUGAUCGGAAACGAGCCGAAAUACCGCACGUACUUCAACCAGAGCAUCGAAGAAGCCCACGAGCUCGGCAUCUUCACCCAGCAGCAAGCUUUGAAAUGGGUGGGAUCUCUCGUGAGCAUGCGAAAAGGCCGAUGGAGCCGGAAGCGAUCCGCGGAAGAGGAAGGCCGCGAAGUCUUCAACACGACGAUUCUGUGCCACGUGCCGGUGGUUCGCUAUGAUUUCUGGCCGAAAUGCGUGUAUUUGGCGUAUAUGACGCGCGAAUGUCUUCAGUGCAUUUUCGAUCAUUCGCUGCUGAGCGACAAGGAUUACUACGGAAACAAGCGAAUCGAGACGGCGGGCGAUUUGAUGUCGCUGCUCUUCGAGGAUCUGUUUAAGAUGUACAACGCGAAAGUGAAGGAGUUCGUGAACAAAUCGCUCCAGAAAACGACGCGUGUGAACGCGUUCGAUGUGGUCCCCGUCAUGCAGCAGUUCCACGACAUCAUCACCAACGGCUGCGUCAACGCCAUCAAAUCCGGAAACUGGGUUCUCAAGCGAUUCCACAUCGAUCGCAAAGGCGUCGCCGAGCCGGUCACGCGCUUGUCGUACAUCGCAGCCAUCGGACACAUGACGCGAAUCCGAUCGCACGUCGAAAAGGCGCAGAAGAUCAGCGGGCCGCGCGCACUGCAGCCCUCGCAGUUCGGCAUGGUGUGUCCCAGCGACACGCCGGAAGGCGAGCAGUGCGGUCUGGUCAAAAGUCUCACCAUUCUCGCCUACAUCACCAUCGACCAGGACGAAAAAGCGCUGCGCCAGGUCGCCUACGAUCUCGGCGUUCUCGACGUCGGGCUCUUCGGCGCGGAGGAGCUCUACGCGCGUCCUGCGAGUCUCGUCUUCCUCAACGGAGGGCUGCUCGGCGUGCAUUCGCAGCCGCAGGCGCUGGUGCGGGGCGUGCGGCAGCUGCGUCGCCGCGGAUUGCUCGGCGCGUUCGUGAGCGUGUAUUACGACCGAAUUCGCCGCUGUGUGCACUUGUCGUGCGAUGGAGGCCGCAUUUGCAGGCCGCUGCUGGUUCUCAACCGGGAAACGGGACGCCCGUUCCUGACCAAAGCGCACACAGACGGGAUUCGACGCGGCACGAUCACGAUCCAGGAGCUGGUGCGCGCGGGCGUGAUCGAAUACAUCGACGUGAACGAGGAGAACUCGUGUUUGAUCGCGGUGACGGACAAAGACAUCACGCCAGCGCACACACACAUGGAGAUCGAUCCCGUGUCGAUUCUCGGGAUCGUGGCCUCGCUGAUUCCGUACCCCGAUCACAACCAAUCGCCUCGAAACACGUAUCAGUGCGCUAUGGGCAAGCAGGCGAUCGGCACCGUCGCGUGCAACCAGCAGCAACGCGUCGACGUGUCGCCUCUGAACGUGAUGGUGUACCCCAUGAUGCCGAUGGUUCGCUCGCGCGUGCUGGACCUUCUCCAUUUCUCGCAGCUCCCUGCAGGGCAGAACGCCAUGGUCGCCGUGAUGAGCUAUUCCGGAUACGAUAUCGAGGACGCGGUCGUGCUCAAUCGCGCGUCGAUCGAUCGCGGCUAUGGCCGCGUGGUGAUCAGCAAGAAGCAGGUCUUCUCGCUCAAGAAAUACCCCAACGGAAGCAGCGAUCUCAUCAAAGGUCCGCCGCGCAGAGAGGAUCAGAAAAACAUCGACGACCACACGUGGAACCGGCUCUUCGAGCCGUACAAAGCGCUAGGCAGCGACGGAAUCGUGGAGAGCGGCGUUCCGAUCCACCCAGGCGACAUCAUGGUGAACAAGCACGUGCCGAUGGACACGGGAAGCUUCGGAGCGGACCGCGAUCAGCUCCGCGCAGCGCCCGUGAAGUACAAAGAAAGCGGCGGCUAUGUGGACAAAGUACUGAUCACCACGACAGACAACGAGUACUUCGUGAUUAAGACGAUGGUGCGCGAUAUGCGACGCCCUGAAUUAGGCGAUAAGUUCUCCUCGCGCCAUGGACAGAAAGGAGUCGUCGGUCUGAUCACUGGGCAGGAGAAUCUCCCCUUCUCUACCGCGGGAAUCUACCCGGACAUGAUCAUGAAUCCGCACGGAUUCCCGUCGCGAAUGACGGUCGGGAAGAUGAUGGAGUUGCUCGCAGGAAAGGCGGGAUUGUGGGACGGCGAGCGGAAAUUCGGAACGAUUUUUGGAGGCACGGACAUCGAGGAUUGCGCGGAGGAACUGAUUCGUCAUGGCUUCAAUUACAGCGGGAAGGAUUUGUUCUAUAGCGGCAUUACCGGCGAGCCGCUGCGCGCGUAUAUCUUCACAGGUCCGGUGUAUUAUCAGCGAUUGAAGCACAUGGUGAAGGAUAAAGUGUUUGCACGCGCGAAGGGGCCGCGGAUGGCGCUGACGCACCAGCCGACGCAGGGACGAUCGCGUGACGGCGGUCUGCGUGUGGGAGAAAUGGAGCGCGAUUGUCUGGUGGCGCAUGGAACGUCGAUGCUGCUGAUCGAGCGAUUGCUGCUGUCGAGCGAUCCGUUCUUGAGUGGUGCGAAUAUUGCAAGUCGGGCGAGCAUGUGUCGAAGAUUCGCAUUCCGUAUGCGUGUAAAUUGCUGUUCCAGGAACUGCAGUCGAUGAAUGUGGUGCCGCGAUUGUCGAUCUCGGAUGGAGGCUACUUUGACUAUGAUUUCUGUAGGGGUGUGUCAACUU